UCGUUUUUUUUUAGAGUUUGAAUCUUAAAAAAAAAAAACGAAUACAAGUGAAUGUUUUACUUUUAGGCAACUAAAAUUUCAGUUUCUCUUAUGCCAGUUUUAAGUAGAGGCGCCAUUUGUGUUUGAUUUGAAUCGAUUCGAAAUUCGCUAUUAACAUUUUAUUUUACAUUUAAAUUCUGUAUUCGUUAUUAACUAAAAAAACAAGUUUCUAAUCAGCUGUGUUUAGAGCGGAAAACCAUCAAAGAAAUUAACAGAUAACACUACUUUUCAGCCGAGCUCAACAUGUCUUCGAUAGAAUCUAAGCGCGUGCAAUACCGGAAAUAUUUGGAGCGGGCUGGUGUCAUUGAUGCGCUCAGUAAGGCGCUUAUUAAGCUCUACGAAGAGCAGAAUAAACCGGACGAUGCCAUACGGUUUGUACGUAAAUUUAUGUGUGAGUCCUGUCCGGACGAUGAUCAAUUCGAUAUGAUGAAGUCGGACCUUGAGGAGGCAAAUAAGACUAUUGCGCGUCUAGAGCAAGAGUUGGAACGUUUGCGUAGUCAAAUUAAGAAAACGCCUGAAGAGAUUGCAGAAUUAUUGGAAGAUGGUUUCAAGAGUCUGACAGAGGAUGAGGAGUUCAACAACUCGUUAUUGCGUAAAUAUUUAACACGGGAAGUGUUGGACGAAUAUAUGAUGACUACAACAGCACCACCUACCGAGGCUAAUCUCUUCGAUUGUAUACAAUCGGGCACAACACAUCACGACUCCAGUUGUGGCGUUUACGCAGCUGAUGCUGAUUCCUAUGAUGUCUUUACAAAACUUUUCGAUCCGAUUAUAAGAGAUUAUCAUGGCCAGCUGGAAAAUGAGAGUGAUGUACUGCAGAAAGACAAUGAUUGGGGUAAUGUGGAUGAGAUAGAAAAUUUGGACCCGGAACGUAAAUAUAUACUAUCGGCGAGAAUCCGCAUAGCACGUAAUCUCGAUGGUUACCCCUUUUUCCCGAAGUUGCGUGAGAAACAGUAUAUUGAAAUUGAAGAAAAGGUUCGUGGUGCUGCUGAGGCCUUGGAUGGUGAGCUAACGGGCGCUUACUACACCAUGGGCGACAUCGAGCCGGAUAUCCAACGUGAAAUGGUUGCACGUCACAUACUUUUCAAACGUGGCGACGAGUUCCUAACCACUGCUGGUUGCUAUCGCUUUUGGCCUACUGGACGUGGCAUAUUUCAUAAUCCAGCUGAAACAUUUUUAAUUUGGGUAAAUGAAGAAGAUCAUUUGCGUAUCAUCUCAAUGGCUAAAUGUGGUGAUUUAGGUGAUGUUUAUAAUCGCUUAGUCACGGGCGUAACCGAAUUGGAGAAAUCUCUGAAAUUCGCACGACAUCCUCGCUACGGUAACAUCACCGCCUGUCCAACCAAUCUUGGCACCACACUGCGUGCAUCGGUACACAUUCGUUUACCGUUAUUAUCGAUGCGGGAAGAAAAACUCAAAGCUAUGGCGGAGGAGUUGAACUUACAAAUACGUGGCACGGGUGGUGAGCAUACUCAAAUUGAGGAUGGUGUUAUGGAUAUUUCUAACAGACGCCGAUUGGGUUUUACCGAAUUCGAACUGGUGAAAUCACUGCAAGAGGGUAUAGUCGCAUUGAUAUCAGCUGAAGAGGAAAUUGAAGCUGGCGGUGGUGAUGACUAAAGGUGUGUUGAAAUUGGAGGAAUGGAGUAACUUAUAUUGUUUAAUUCGUUUGCGUUACAGCGCAUUAUAUAAUCUGUUAUCCAUUUAAGUUUUCUUUAAUAGUACAAUGGAUGAAAUGUUCAAUAAAUUUUGAAAUCACUUAGUUCCCUAAA